CCAGUCUGUGCAGGCCGGGCGGGGACCCGAGCUGCGAAGGAGCAGACGCUGGAGCGGUUGCAGGAGGACCCUGGGCUGCAUCUGCGGUUGCCAGGUAGGUGGAUGUGAGAGGCCUGCUCCUCCUCAUUCUCUAGAGGCCAUCCCGUCGCCGCUGGCACCAUGCUGUCCCCUCAGAGGGCUUUACUCUGCAACCUCAACCACAUCCACCUCCAGCAUGUCUCUCUGGGCCUGCACUUGUCCCGCCGUCCGGAGCUUCGGGAGGGGCCCUUGAGCACAUCCCCUCCCCCAGGUGACACUGGGGGCAAGGAGAGCCGGGGCCCCUGCAGCGGGACCUUGGUGGACGCCAAUUCCAACAGCCCAGCCGUUCCCUGCCGAUGUUGCCAGGAGCAUGGGCCAGGCCUAGAAAACCGGCAGGACCCAGCACAGGACGAAGAGGGGGCUGCCUCUCCCUCAGACCCGGGUUGCUCCUCCUCUCUCAGCUCCUGCUCAGAUCUUAGCCCUGAUGAGUCCCCCAUCUCGGUCUACUCCAGGGACCUCCCUGGCAAUGAGGAUGUCCACCCUCAGCCCAGCAUCAUUCCUCUGGAGCAAGGCUCCCCACUGGCUUCUGCAGGUCCAGGCGCCUGCUCCCCAGACAGCUUUUGUUGCUCUCCUGAUUCCUGCUCUGAAGCUUCCUCUCCACCUGGCUCUGGCCUGGACUCCAACUGCAAUGCCCUGACCACCUGCCAGGACCUGCCUUCCCCAGGACUAGAGGAAGAGGAUGAGGCUGAGGAGCAGGACCUCCCUACCUCUGACCUCCUAGAGGCUGAUGAUGGGAAAAUCGAUGCUGGGAAAACCGAACCCAGUUGGAAAAUCAACCCCAUUUGGAAAAUUGACAAAGAGAAAACUGAAGCUGGCUGGAAAAUCACUGAGAACAAUAACUCUGAUUGGAAAGUCAAUGGGAAUAUUAACUCUAGCUGGAAAACUGAACCUGGAAAAUUCGACUCCGGUUGGAAGACCAAUACAGGAAUACCUGAUACGGGCUCCAAAACAGAUGCAGGGAAAACUGAUGGGGAAUGGAGAAGUGACGUCAGCAAGGAGCCGGUGCCCCACCGGACAAUCACGUCCUUCCACGAGCUGGCCCAGAAGCGCAAGCGGGGCCCAGGGCUGCCCCUCGUGCCGCAGGCCAAGAAAGACCGCAGUGACUGGCUCAUCGUCUUCUCGCCAGACACCGAGCUGCCCCCCACGGGGUCGCUCGGUGGCUCCCCGGCGCCUCCCCGGGAAGUCACCACCUUCAAGGAACUCAGGUCCCGAAGCCGGGCCCCGCCCCCGCCAGUCCCGCCCCGAGACCCCCCAGCUGGCUGGUCCUUGGUCCCGCCCCGGCCCCCACCUCCACCCGUCCCUCCACGGAGGAAGAAGAACCGACCUGGGCUGCAGCCCAUAGCAGAGGGGCAGCCCGAAGAGGGCAGGGCGGGGAGCCCAGCUGCUGGUGAGGAGGCCCCAGCCGCAAAGGAGCCGGAGGAACCAGGCCCGCAGGCCGGCGUUGAGGCCAGUCCCCUCCCGCUCCCUCGGCCUCUGGUUUUCCGGUUCUCGGCUGACGGGCGCCCCCUGUUGGAGGGUGGGGGCGCGGCCGCAGCUGGGUCUCUGCUCCUGGCGCCUCUGGCCGGCUGGCCCGGCGCUGGGCUGCGGCUACUGGGGGCGCCGAGUCCCCCAGAGGAGCAGCUGCUGCCUGUCCGCCUGUCCCCGGUGGGGGCCUAUUCGCCUCCGGCUAGGGGGGACCUGCCUUGCCUGGCCAGCCCUGAGCUGGCACUGCUGCUGUCCCCGCUCUUUCCCAGAAGUAGCACCUUCCCCGCCGCGGCUUCCCCACUCCGCCAGGUACCCGCCCCCCCGCUGCCACGGCCACCUCGUCCGCCGAAGGCCCCUCGCUGGACCAGGAGCCCACCGCCUCCUCCCAGGCUACUCCGUAGUUCCUGGUCGUUCACCGGCGUCCCCGGGGACCAGCGACUGUGGAUGGCAGAAGCCCAGAGUGGGACUGGCCAGCUGCAGGAGCAGAAAAAAGGUCUCCUGAUAGCUGUCAGCGCUUCAGUGGAUAAAAUCAUCUCGCACUUUGGGGCCGCCCGGAACUUAGUGCAGAAGGUGAAGGCCCAGUUGGGGGAUAGCCGUCUGAGCCCAGAUGUGGGGCACCUCGUGCUGACCACCCUUUGUCCGGCCCUCCAUGCCCUGGUGGCCGACGGGCUGAAGCCUUUCCGGAAAGACCUCAUCACUGGGCAGCGCCGGAGCAGCCCCUGGAGCGUGGUGGAGGCGUCUGUGAAGCCAGGCUCCAGCGCCCGUUCCCUCGGAACCCUGUAUGGCCAGGUCAGCCGUCUGGCCCUGCUAAGAAGCAGCCGUAGCCGCUUCCAUGCCUUCAUCCUGGGCCUCCUCAACACUAAGCAGUUGGAGCUGUGGUUUUCCAGUCUCCAGGAAGAUGCAGGCCUGCUGUCCCUUCUGUACCUGCCCACCGGCUUCUUCUCCCUGGCCCAGGGCGGCUGCCCCUCCUUGUCCACGGAGCUGCUGCUCCUGCUGCAGCCGUUGUCGGUGCUCACCUUCCACCUGGACCUGCUUUUUGAGCACCACCACCACCUGCCCCUGGGCCUGCCUCAGGCCCCUGACCCCCCAGGCUCGCCUCCAGCCCUGCAGCAGACUGUGCAAGCCAUGCUGCACUGGGGGGGUCGGCUGGCCCAGAGCCUCCGGGGGGCUUCUGGGGAGACCCCUCCAGGCCCUUCGGCCCCCUCAAGCCCUCCUACCCCAGGCAGCUGGUGGGAGCAGCUGACCCAGGCUUCCCGGGUCUACGCCUCUGGCGGCACCGAGGGCUUCCCUCUUCCCCGAUGGGGAUCGAGGCAUCACAGGACUGCAACUGAGGUCGCACAGGAGAGGUCCCUGCCCGCAGAGGAAGCUGCACCAGGCAGAGGCGUAUGGCUGGGGAGACUGUUUGGAGUGCCUGGGGGCCUCACAGAAACUGAGAGUGGAGCCCCAAAGUCCAGGAGACCAUCCAGCUGGCUGCCCCCGACAGUGAGUGUGUUGGCUCUGGUGAAGCGGGGGGCACCUCCCGAGACUCCCUCUUCUCCUAAGGAACUUGAGGUCUCGGCACCCAGCACAGCGCAGACCCACAGGGCAGUCCGAGCUCUCUGUGACCACAAUGCUGCAGGACCUGACCAGCUGAGCUUCCGGCAUGGGGAAGUGCUGCAUGUCAUCGCGACUGUGGAUGAGGACUGGCUCCGCUGUGGGAAGGAUGGAGUGGAGGGGCUGGUGCCUGUGGGGUACACCUCUCUUGUUCUCUAGGCCUAGGACCUUUUCCUUUCCUGCACCUCUCUCCCUCCUGUCACCUGGGAAUGGAAUGGCCUGUGAGCUCUCUCCCCCAUGUAAACUGAUCAUCCCCGAAGUACUUUCCCUGUCUACAAAAUGACACUUUCCUCCCACAUCCAUUUCUGCUAACAUGUAAAAUAAACUUUCCUCCUUCCCUCCCAUACCCAUCUAUAAGGUGAAAUCUGCUCUUCUUCCAGAUGUAUAAAAAGGCAUUUCCCUCCAUGCAAUCUCUUUCCUCUUUCCAACGCGCAGUAGGGAAUAGCUCCCUAUCUGCAAAAUGCAAAUCUCGCCCCCCUCUAUCUUUUUCAUCUGUAAGUAGACUGUGGCAGUGCAGUGUAUGCCUCAGUUUCCAAGACUAGAAGGGCCUCUAGGCUUCUUCCUGUGUAUGGAAACUUUACCCACUUCACCCAUCCCAUGUUGCCUGUAUUUAUGAUAUACUCAUGCUGUACUAGGUGCUGAAGUCUGGACACCCCUGGCGGGUGGGCCUGUGGUGUCGGUCUGCCUUCUUCUUCCUUUGUCCCAAUAAAGAGUGGGAGUUGAA